UAUGCUAUCAAGCAUGUAAUAUGCAUAUAAUAUAUAUAUAUAUAUAUAUAUAUAUGUAUGUAUGUAUAUAUACACAAAUGCUUCCUAGGAGACCAUAUAGCAAGUUUCCAAAACUAGGUUAUUCUUCGAGAAAAUAUGGGUGAACAAGCAAAUUCUGUAUUUGGUGAUCAAGAUUUGAAGGAAAUUGGUGUCAAUGGAGCUUGGCACCAAAGUUGGCUUGUCAUGGAAGGUGGUGAUGGUAUUUGCGUUACAACAUCCAUCGAAUCCUCAACAACUUCCACAAACUCUGUUGCAUCGUCCUCUUCAUCUGAAUUGGUAGAGGAUGCUUCCUCUUCAACUUCAUAUUCAUCAUCAUCCUCAUCGCUAACAAAUGGGCCUCUAUAUGAAUUAUCUGAAAUCAUGGUCCAUCUACCCGUAAAGAGAGGACUCUCUAAGCAUUAUCAAGGGAAGUCCGAGUCUUUUACAUCUCUAGCGAGUGUGAAAAGCUUAGAAGAUCUUUCAAAGAGGGGGGCAUCACAGAGAAAGAAACUGAAGUCAUGCACUCCCCCUAAGGCCAUCAUAUCAAAGAAGGUUUCAAGAGGAUCUUUGUUAUCUUCUUUGGCUAAAAGAGGUGGUUUGUUUGGUGGUUUUAGGCCUUCAUUCCAUGCACAAAAAGAAUUUUUGAUAUGCAAACCACGAGAGGUUUGACAACUGGCUUAUGUUCUGCAUACUCAUUGGAAGAAAUUAUGCAAUCUUCAGUGAGUACUACUUUUUCUUUUUUGUUUUUUGGUUAGAAAGAAUGGAACUCGAUGCUCACUUUGGAUAUUCAAUUAAAUUUUAGAAA